UGAACAGGAGCAAAAUCUCUGCUCUCAACAGUGGAAAAAUCAAAAACAGCCUACAGCUCAUUACAUCUGGUCAAACCAUGUGGAGGCAGCAGUUUAUCAAAUAAGUCAACAAGACGAGAUGCAGCGACUGUGUGUGUAUGCGCUGAUCUUUGCACUGGCUCUGGCCGCCUUCUCUGAAGCUUCUUGGAAGCCCCGCUCCCAGCAGCCAGAUGCACCCUUAGGUACAGGGGCCAACAAGGAUCUGGAGCUACCCUGGCUGAACCAGCAGGGCCCAGCCUCUCACCACCGAAGGCAGCUGGGACCCCAGGGUCCCCCACACCUCGUGGCAGACCCGUCCAAGAAGCAGGGACCAUGGCUGGAGGAAGAAGAAGAAGCCUAUGGAUGGAUGGACUUCGGCCGCCGCAGUGCUGAGGAUGAGAACCAACAACCCUAGAACCAAGCUUCAGAGCCCAGCCACCUCCCACCCCACCCCAGCCCUGUCCCCUGAAAAACUAAUCAAAAAUAAACUAGUUUCCAGUGG